AUGUUAUUAGAUUCUGAAAAUGAUAAUGAUAUUCCACCACCGCCAUCUGAUCUUGAUCAAAUAGAAAAACAAUUUAAAAUUGCUAUUUCUAAUUCUUUGAAUAAAUAUUGGCAUGAAUUUCAUGAUAUUGGAUUGAUAGCUACUCUUUUAGACCCCCGAACCAAAAAAUUAACUAAUGAAUUUGAGAAUUUACAUCUUAAUAUUACUAGCAAUGAUCAACCAGAGCAACAAGCAUUACCAUCAAUGGCCACUGAAAUAAUGCAAAAUCCAUUUUUUGAAGGUAUUUUUGGAGUACGAAGUCAAGAAGAUACACCUUUAGAUGAGGUAUACACGAUCUAUGCUGAAAAAGUCGAAUACAAAGAUACUAGCAUAAUCAUUAUUAUCAAAAGUGUGGUAACUCUUAUGUCUACUAAAGGAAUGAGCAUGAAAUUGCU